ACUUACACCAGUACAUACUCUUUAGCCCUCUUCUUCUCCAGUCCACUGCAGCAACCGACGAAUUUGACCACCGCACCGUCGCCUCAAACCCUUCUCCCGUGCCUCAACCGACGACUCCAGUUCAUCGUGUCGACCAUCACAUCGCUUCGAGUGUGUUGAUUAUAGAUGACAACAAUCCACGCUACGUUGAGCAACAAAUAUGGAUUUGGGAUAAAAAGAUGGAAAUCAAUAGAAAUUGUUUGAACUGGUUCACCUGGAGCUUCAUUAUCAUAUCAAUUAUCAGGAUCACAUCAUUUAUUGCCAUAUUUGUGUUUAUGGCCAUGCGCCCAUGCCAAUGGCAUCCAUUUGUGCUAUUAAGGGGUCGAUACCAAAACAAGUUUCAUUAUUUUGUUGCUAAAGUUUGGGCUUCUAUGACAAUCACUCCAUUUUUUAGACUGAAAUUUCAAGGACCACACAUCAUCGGAGAUUCAAAAAUAGAUGUCACCACAAUUCGUGUGCAAGGGGAAUAUAUUCGUACCUCUACAAAACAUCUUGCAUUUUAUCCAAGUUGUGUACAUUGGGUCCUCUUGGUGAUUUGCCCUUCAAGUCGUGUCACAUACAUUUUGGAUUCUCUUAUGAAACCUAAGCAAAAUCCUCUCGACACCUGCUACCUGCUCAAACUUUUGGACAUGGCUUUUGCUAGGCAUGAAAAAACGCAUCAACUCCAAUUGUAUGGAUGUUCGCUGAGUUGGCGUUUCCGAGAGUCAGCUGAGCGGGCACUAUGUAAUGAAAUAGAUGUUUGAUUUUGUAAUCACCAGGCAAUAUGGAUUCCCGAAUAAAAGGAAAAGGUGUUGGUUACGAUUGUUGCUACGUGGACUAGGGAAUUUCAGAAUAACUAUAUGAAUGAUGUUGUCUAAAAGUACAUAUAAGUGAGAAUGGAGGACUCCUUCUACACUUGAUUAUCUGACAAUUCUACUUCGAUGCAACAACAAUUUAUUUUUUGAAAAAAUUGAUAUAAGUUUUAUGUAGUAAGAUAUGAUCAAAUCAAGUUGUUUUUUGUGACACGCAAACAUGUUUAUAUUAAUGGCAAUAAUGAUUGGUUA